UCCAACACAGCACAAAACUUGUGAAGUUUUUGCAACAUAACAUAACACCAUGAAAAAUCAACUUUUGCUCUUAUGCAUUUCCUUUUCCUUUUUUGUACUUCCAAUUUCAAAUAAAAAAGAUGCAUGUGACAAGAACUCUCUUAAGACUAGUUAGUAACUUUCCAUUUUGCAACACUUCCCUAUCUUAUGAGGCAAGAGUCAAGCACUUGGUCUCACACUUAACACCUGGUAUUUCAAGGCUUGGUGUUCCUGCUUAUGAAUGGUGGUCAGAGGCACUUCAUGGUGUCUCUAAUUUAGGACCAGGGACACAUUUUGAUCGCAAGGUACUAUAUAUUGUUUCAGACUGUGAUUCAAUUGAAGUUUAUUACAACUCAAUUCAUUACACAGCAACUCCUGAAGAUGCACUGGCUCUUGUACUGAAAGCAGGUUUAAACAUGAACUGUGGCGACUUUCAAAAAUACACUGCAAAUGCUGUGAACAUGAAGAAAGUAGACAUAUCUAUUGUAGAACAAGCCUUGGUGUACAAUUACAUAGUCCUAAUGAGACUUGGCUUCUUUGAUAACCCAAAAUCACUUCCAUUUGAAAACCUUGGUCCAUCUGAUGCAUGCACUAAAGAAAAUCAGCAAUUGGCUCUAGAAGCUGCAAAGCAAGGAAAAGUUUUGCUAGAAAACAAUGGAGCUCUUCCUUUAUCAAAGACUAAGAUAGAAAAAUUGGCUUUGUUUGGACCAAAUGCAAAUGCCACCACAGUUAUGAUUAGUAACUUUGCUGGCAUACUUUCUUGUUACUAUACAAGUCCAUUACGAGGACUACAAAAGUACAUUUCUUCGGUAACUUAUGUGCGUGGUUGCAGCGACGUUAAAUGCAGUAAUCAGAACCUUUUUGCAGCAGCCUCUGCUGAUGCAGUUGUGUUGGUUGUGGGAAUAGAUCAAUCUAUAGAAGCAGAAGGGCUGGGUAGAGUGAAUUUGACAUUACCUGGAUUUCAAGAGAAGCUUGUGAAAGAUGUGGCUGCUUCUAUCAAAGGAACAUUGAUUUUAGUUAUAAUGACAUCUGGUCCUAUUGAUAUUUCUUUCACUAAAAGUGUUGGCAAUAGGGGGAUAUUGUGGGUUGGUUAUCCUGGUCAAGAUGGAGGAAAUGCCUUAGCACAAGUAAUUUUUGGAGACUAUAAUCCAGGAUGGAAACUCCCUGGAAGAACAUACAUACAUGAUUGCUACUCAACAAUCUUCUCUUAUGGUCAAGGAAUUGACAUUUCCAACAUAAGUUGUUUGGAUUUAACAUUUUUGCUUGUGAUUGUUGUGAAGAACAAUGGAUCAAAUGUUGUGUAGUGUUUUGGUGCUCUAGUGAAACAAUUGAUAGAAUUUAACAUUAAUCCUCACAAAAUUGAUACAAAUUUAAUCUGACUUUUAACCAUUUUAACAUGUUGCAAAAUGUAAUUUCUCUAUAGGUGCUCAAUAAAUCUAGAGCUAUUUCCUCCCUUGAAUUGGGAUAUUUAAUAUAUAUAAAAAUUAUAAAUCUAGUAAAA